AUGCCGGGUGAAGAUGUCAAGCACUGCUGGGAUACUACAAUCCAAGAAACCGAGGACGGCUGGCUCCAGGGUCCUUUUACCCUGGACGAAGCUUGGGAAAAGGGGGCGCGCAUCCUUCUGACUCGUUUUGCACACCAUGAGGCGGACAAGAUCCGCCUCUGCGACAAUGGUGUGCCUUUGAAUGUUUGCUCCGACAUCUCGUCGUCGAUGCCGAUUCCGUCGGUUCAUCAUGCUCUCGCCCUUGCUUCGAGCUCGGCGAUUUUACUAGAAGAAGGCGGCCCGCCGCGGGUUGACUUCUGGCGGGAUUUGCGGGUGUUUGACCAAGGGGGCAACCGGGCAGACCCCCUGGCCUGUGAAGAGUAUGAUUUUGAUCCUUUCCCGGAUGCCCGCCCGUCCGACCCGGGCUGGCGGGAGGUUGCUUGGGCGGCUUUGGACCACAUACCGAACUUCGACGCAGCGGAGGAUGGUGCGGACCCUGAGGGUGCGGGGCUCUGCCAGUGGGUUAUCGACAUUGCCAACGCUUACAAGAAUGUAAGCAUUUCGAAGGCGGGGAGCGCGACGAACUGGAUCGGGGUUUUCGACCCCAAGGCGAAGGCCUACAAAGCCUUCCGCGGCCUCACGCUCCUGUUUGGGAACAUUCACUCCGUUACGGAGUGGUUGAUUGUUGGGCAGUUUCUGGCCUUCUGCGUUCGGUGGUUUUUCUGCGUGGCCUUGAUCAUCUAUAUAGAUGAUAUGACCGGCACGGCGCCCCGCAGGGUUCGCCGUCUCCUGAUGCGCGCCAUUGUGUACAUGUUGGAGGUUUUGGGUUUUCCUUGGAAGCCGAAGAAGGUCAAGUGGGGGCGCACCGCUUUGCGGGUUUUGGGCUUGGAUUUUGACGUGUCGCAAUCGCCUCCCACGAUGCAGUUGUCGGAAGUGAAGCGCGCCACCCUUCGGGCGGCCCUGGUUGAAGUCUUGGGGGCGGGGGAGCUCAGUCCCGCGCGGGCUUCCACCCUUUCCGGGAAGUUCCUUUUC